GGUCCUUACGGCGCAUGAGCCAGGGGGAUUAAAUCGAGAAAAGCCAAGACCGUUUCCAGCGUUCAAGAUCAAUCAACAUCCCGUUCCUUAGCAGGCUCAUUUUCCAGAAUCGUGGCGGACGCAAACGCAUUGGGUACCUAGUCCUUCAAGUAUAUCGUCCGUUUUGCGACGCACUCGUUAACCGGCUGCAACAAUCCUCUCACAUCCAAACCGUUGACGCCCUGUUAGCCAGUCAAUAACAAGAAUGCAGCAGCAGCUACGGUCUACCAGCAUUCGAGCGGCCGCCGCGGCGCCAGGCGCCCGCCCAGUUCCGGGUCUGGUGCGACCCGCACCAUGUGGGCCGCGGCGCGCCCCCUUCACCUCCCCGUGCUUUACGCCGCUCCCCUCCGCCCCAUUCACACGUGGCCCCGCGCCGGCUGGGCUGAUGGGGAUGUUCUCGGAUCCCAUCACGGCACGGCCGCCCACGAACCCUGACCCCUCCCUCAUCAAUGAGGACUUCUCGCCCACGACCCAGGACAAGCGCACCUUUGACACCACCGAUUACGCGACCUUCUGGAUCACGCUGGUCAUCUCCAUCACCACCUACUACUUGGCAGCCUCGCUGGUGGACCUGGGCAUGUCGUGGUGGCAGGGCAUCCUGACCGUGUUCUUCGGCAACCUCAUCACUCUGCUGCCCAUGGUCCUCAACGCACACCCCGGCACCAAGUACGGUGUGCCCUUCCCCGUGCUGGCACGCGCCAGCUUCGGAAUCCAGGGUGCCAACCUGCCGUCCCUGUCUCGCGCCAUCGUGGCGUGCGGCUGGUUCGGUAUCCAGACCUGGAUUGGCGGCUCCUCCAUCUUCCAGAUGCUCAUGGCUGUGACCGGCGGCGCCGUGGCUGCCGCGCCCAUCGCCUGGCUCGGCAUCUCGCUGCCCGAGCUGCUGUGCUUCCUGGGCUUCUGGGCGGCGCAGGUUUGGAUUGUGGUCCGCGGCAUGGAGUCCAUCCGUAUCCUGGAGAAGUACAGCGCCCCCAUCCUGAUCGGCCUCAGCCUGGCGCUCAUGGGCUGGGCCGUCACCACCGCCGGCGGCUUCGGACCCAUGCUGUCCACGCCCUCGCAGUUCGGGGUGGGCAUGCCCAAGGAGGGCCAGUUCUGGUCUGUGUUCUGGCCUGCGGUGACCGCCAACGUGGGCUACUGGGCCACACUGUCGCUCAACAUCCCCGACUUCACCCGCUACGCCAAGAGCCAGAAGGACCAGGUGAUGGGCCAGGCCAUCGGUCUGCCGCUGUUCAUGGCGCUGUUCACGUUCCUGGGCCUGGCCGUCACCAGCGCCACGGUGGUCAUCUACGGCGAGGCCAUCAUCGACCCCGUGCAGCUGCUGGGGCGCAUGGAGGGGCUGGUGCCCAUCUGCAUCUCGCUUUUUGGUCUGAUGUGGGCCACGCUCACCACCAACAUCGCCGCCAACGUGGUCGCGCCCGCGAACGCCUUCGUCAACUGCGCCCCCAAGUGGAUCUCCUUCGAGGCGGGUGGCAUCCUGACGGCUGUCCUGGGUCUGCUCAUGUGCCCCUGGAACCUGGUGUCAUCCACACACGGCUUCGUCAACACCUGGCUCAUCGGCUACUCGGCUCUCCUGGGCCCGGUGAUCGGCAUCGUCAUGUCCGACUACUUCAUUGUGCGGCAGCGGCAGCUGGACAUCGACUCGCUCUACAGCAAGGGCGACAAGUCCAUCUACUGGUACAAGGGCGGCUGGAACCCAGCCGCGCUGUGGGCCAUCCUGAUAGGCGUGCUGCCUACCCUGCCCGGCUUCCUGAGCACCAUCGGCGUGCUGUCCGGCCUGCCGCCCAUUUUCGGCCAGCUGUACGACCUGGCCUGGUUCGUGGGCGUGGCGGUGUCGUCCGUGGUGUACUGCCUGCUUAUGCGCGGCGCCCCCGGCGCCUACAAGAGCGGCGGCGACCCCUCGUUCAACGGCGUCGGUGGCGGUGGCGCGGCCCCCGGCGGCGCGACCAUCUAAAAGGCCGCGUCAGCCUGGGCACGUGCAUGCGCGUUUGGCCGCCUGGCACACAUGCGCAGAGCGUGCAUGGCCGCAACAUAAGGAUUUAGUGGGGUUGACUCGUUCUUACUCGUUGUCGUCGGCCAAGCUUGCGGGCGGGAUUGUGGGGCACGGACAAAGCAGCACGGCGUGCCUUGCCAUGCCAUGUCAAGCUAGUUUAGGGCAUGCCACUUUGUACCGUAUUUACAUUUGCAUUGCUCGCAUGAGCUGGCUGCAAUGGUGCUGCUGGCGCAGGCUUGGACACUGAGCCCCCGGGCGACAUGACAAUUGACACAAUUCUUGUAUUUUGAGGUGCAUGCGGAGAUGCCGCGUGUCCAGUUCUGGUCUGGUUGGGCCACGGAUUGCUGCUUGUUCCCACGCCUCCUCUGCCUGCCUGCGGGGCAAGAGUUUUGGUUGGCCUCGUUACCAGAGAGCAGAUCCACUGCAAGAGUGUGUGAUACGAGCAACAGCGAGCGUGUACGAACGGUUGGGGGAGGAGCAGGCAACAGUCUUGGCAUCGGGAGCAAUUGUCUCGGAGGCAUACUUGGCGAGGCGGAUGGCAAGUUGAGGGGUUGGCUUGUUCUGAGACCCGUGGGCCUCUCCCUCACCCCAUUGUAAUUUACAAUUGUA